AUGACAAGUAUUGUACCUGGUGAUUACAAUGGUGAUGGUUCAAUGGACAUUCUCGUAACAACCACAAGUAUUAAAAAAACCCCAAAUAAUUUAACAAAUGUCUACGUCAUCUGGGGCAAUGAUGAUGAUGGUGAGCCAUUAAUUGUCGAUUACAACAAUGACAUGAUUGUUGAUAUAUUUGCAACAAAUAUCAACAAUAAAAGAACAUUUUGGUCAUUUGAAAAUGAUCAUUUUAAAAAAUCAAAUAAUACUAAAUUUCCAAUUGAAUUACCAAGUAUUAGAGUACCACAUGCAAAUGCAUUUUUAGAUUUAAAUAAUGAUUAUUAUUCUGAUCUUGUUGUGACAACAGAUAGUCAUCUUGAGGUAUGGUCUAAUAAUAAUAAUAAAUAUUUAUUAAGUAAAAAUAUAUCAUGGACAGAUGAUGGUAUUGAUGUAAGUGAUAAUGGACAUAUUGGACAAUCAAUUUAUCUUGAUGUUCAAAGAAAAGGAAAAAUGGAUUUGAUUGUUCCUGUUUGUCAUGAUGAAAUGUGUAGAAAUUGUUCAAUAUUUGUUCAUGAUAAUCGUUAUUAUAAUUUGAAUAUUAAUUUUACAAAUGAAAUUGAUAAUGAAGAGUGGAGUUUUUUAUCACCAAGUGAAUUUAGUGAUAUGAUUUAUAAUAAUAUGAUAACACUUCGAGCUGGUGAUUAUAAUAUUGAUGGAUAUCCAGAUUUAUUGGCUACAUUGAUAUCUAAAAACACAUCAAAAAUUAAAUCAUUUUUAUUGCUCAAUGAAGAGUGUAAGAAUUGUGAUGGUUUUAAUAGAACAUUUAAAAUUCAAUGGCAAAUGGCUUUUGGUGAAUUUAAUAAUGACAUUGUCAUGGCUGUUUUUUAUGAUUUUUAUCAAGAUGGUAUACUUGAUAUUAUCAUGGUUAAUUAUAAUAAAACAUAUGAUGAAUAUUCAUUGGAUACAUUUAUUAAUGGUGGUAAUUAUGAUGCAACUUUUAUACAAGUCAUGGUUACAAGUGCUAAUUUACCUGGGCCAUCAGUUUCAUAUACUGCUGAAUUUUUAGAUGAUACUAAACAAACUUCAGUUGCUUCACAAUUAUCACAAAGUGCACAUUUUUCAUUAAAUUUACCUUAUAUUAUAUUGGGACUUGGAAGAACAACAAAUGUCGUUGAAGAACUUGAUAUUGGGAUUUCAGGACGACAUCGUUCAUGGGAUCGUAUUAUUCCCAACAUGCAAUUAGUAGUGACACCACAACCACUCGACCAACCAAAUAAAUGGACAAUCCGUCAAUUCAUCAGAAUAAAUAAUACCCUAAAAACAAUUGCAAUAUUUUUAAUAUCUUUAUGGUUUUGUCUAGCAGCAGUUAUUUAUUUAUUCUGGCUAAAUGAAUGUAAAGAAGAUCAAAUUGAACGAAAACAAAAUGCCCUCAAAUUUCAUUACGAUGCAUUAUAA